GUGUUUUUUUUUUAUAAUUCCAGUGGAUCUGUUCCGUAAAGUUUUGAAUGUUCUAUUUUAUAUUUAUUAUUAAGACAGUUCUUCUCAAUAACACGGAUAGUUUUAUCAAAAAUAACUAGUAUCGAUUAUGGCAUCGAAUGGAGAUGGUGAUUCUUUUCCUGCGAACGUAACAAUUUUGCAAUACUUGUUGGAAAAUGAGACAACUGCGAAAACCACGGGCGUUGGUUCGAAUGCAAAAGAGCUCAAUGUUCCGGCGGAUCGGACAGAAAACGGAAGUAAACAGCCGGAUCCAGAACCCAUUACGGUUUAUGAAUGCCGUAAGACCGGUUGUGACAAACACUACUUGCAAUUGGAACAUCUCAAGGCACAUGAAAAAAUCCAUUCGGGUGAUUUGGUGUGCAAAUGGGAACAAUAUCCUGAGGAACAUAAACAAGAGAUUGCCGGAGGAAGUGGACUGAAAUUUCUGUUGCAAAAUGAAAACCUAGAAUUAGUAUACGAGCACGAUGAAACAGAAUCAGAAAACGAUGAUCAACAAUUGGAUGAAUCCGAUCGGUACUCUGGAUCCAACGAUGAAAUAGAAGAGAUGGAAUGUCUGCCAGAAAUUCCUACAGACGAUGAAGCCGAAAUGUCGGAUGCUAACGACCAAUAUCAGCAAAGCACUGAUGAAGGAGAAAAACACGUGAUACAUGUAUUUGACACGGAUAUCAAUUUAGAAGAGAACUUCAUAAUCCUGGAAGAAGACCCUGAUGAGUACGUGCAAAUAAACACAAAUCAAGAUCAGCCUAUGCGAACCACGUCAACCAAGGCUCGCAAGUAUAACUGCCCAUGGGAGGGAUGUGGGAAAUCGUAUACAAAAUCUUCGCAUGUAACCGCCCACCUCCGAGUUCAUACCGGUGAGUUGCCAUUUGUUUGCACUUGGGAAGGCUGUGAUGGUCGGUUUGCUCGAGCGGAAACUCUCACCAGACACUUUCGGAAGCACUCAGGAGAGCGCAAUUUCGUUUGUCCUGUUUGCAAUGCAUCAUUUUUGCGUAAAGAUCACCUACGUGGCCAUAUGAAACGACACAAUAUCGAUCGUUUCGUGAUUGAAAAAGUGAUCAAAAGCCCUGAGAAAUCGAAACCGCCUACAUCACUGAAGCUCUCAGCCAUUUCAUCCAGACAAGCUUGUAAGCCCAAGCGAAAACGAAAGCCAUCGACACCUGCUGCAGCUUCGACCCGGAAUCACGUUUGUACGUACCCUGACUGUAAGAAAAGCUACACAAGAGCCAGUCAUUUGAAGGCCCAUGAGAUUUUACACGGCGAAGUUCUUCCUUUUCGAUGCCCUUGGGAGGAUUGCGGACGUUCCUUUGCCCGAUCGUUCGAGUUGUCGCGGCACAGGAGGCAACACACGGGGGAAAAGAAAUUUGUUUGCCACAUUUGCCAGCAGGCGUUCAUGCGGAGUGACCAUCUUUCGAUGCAUGUUAAGAGGCAUAGUUUUAGGGCGCAUAAAGACGACCAGUAAAACCAUUAGAGAUAAUCAACAAACGACUGAAAUAUGUACAUAUUGACCUAUAAACGUAAACGUAAUAAAAAUACCAA